GCCCGCCCUCCGGGGCCCCGGCGGCCCGCGCCCCUGCUAGGCUGCGGCGGCAUGGCCCGCGCGCCCGGCGCGACCUCUGCGGAUUGCAUCGGUGCCUGGCGGCGGGGCAUGCCCAGGGCACCGGGCACGGCCUUCAAUGGGCGAGGACACGGACACGCGGAAAAUUAACCACAGCUUCCUGCGAGACCACAGCUAUGUGACCGAAGCCGAUAUCAUCUCUACUGUUGAGUUCAACCACACUGGGGAGCUGCUGGCCACAGGCGACAAGGGCGGCCGGGUCGUCAUCUUCCAGCGGGAACCUGAGAGCAAAAAUGCACCUCAUAGCCAGGGUGAGUACGACGUCUACAGCACCUUCCAGAGCCACGAGCCCGAGUUCGACUAUCUCAAGAGCCUGGAGAUAGAGGAGAAGAUCAACAAGAUCAAAUGGCUUCCACAGCAGAAUGCGGCCCACUCACUGCUGUCCACCAACGAUAAAACCAUCAAAUUAUGGAAGAUCACCGAGAGGGAUAAAAGGCCCGAGGGCUACAACCUCAAGGACGAGGAGGGAAAGCUGAAGGACCUGUCCACGGUGACGUCACUGCAGGUGCCGGUGCUGAAGCCCAUGGAUCUGAUGGUGGAGGUGAGCCCAAGGAGGAUCUUUGCCAAUGGCCACACCUACCACAUCAACUCCAUCUCCGUCAACAGUGACUGUGAGACGUACAUGUCAGCCGAUGACCUGCGCAUCAACCUCUGGCACCUGGCAGUCACCGACAGGAGCUUCAACAUCGUGGACAUCAAGCCCGCCAACAUGGAGGACCUCACAGAGGUGAUCACCGCAUCCGAGUUCCACCCUCACCACUGCAACCUCUUCGUCUACAGCAGCAGCAAGGGCUCCCUCCGGCUGUGCGACAUGCGGGCGGCCGCCCUGUGUGACAAACACUCCAAACUCUUUGAGGAGCCCGAGGACCCCAGCAGCCGCUCCUUCUUCUCCGAGAUCAUCUCCUCGGUGUCGGAUGUGAAGUUCAGCCACAGCGGCCGCUACAUGCUCACGCGGGACUACCUCACGGUCAAGGUCUGGGACCUGAACAUGGAGGCAAGGCCCAUAGAGACCUACCAGGUGCACGAUUAUCUGCGUAGCAAGCUCUGCUCCCUCUACGAGAACGACUGCAUCUUCGACAAGUUUGAGUGCGCCUGGAACGGCAGCGACAGCGUCAUCAUGACCGGGGCUUACAACAACUUCUUCCGCAUGUUCGACCGCAACAGCAAGCGGGAUGUGACCCUGGAGGCCUCGCGCGAGAGCAGCAAGCCCAGGGCCGUGCUCAAGCCGCGGCGUGUGUGCAUGGGCGGCAAGCGGCGGCGUGAUGACAUCAGCGUGGACAGCUUGGACUUCACCAAGAAGAUCUUGCACACGGCCUGGCACCCAGCUGAAAAUAUCAUCGCCAUCGCUGCCACCAACAACCUCUACAUCUUCCAGGACAAGGUCAACUCUGACAUGCACUAGGGCCCCGGCAGCUGGACCUUGACCGGUCGUCCCCAACUCAGCGUGCACAGCCGCAACACAGGAGGUGGUUGUCAUGGGCACGCAGGUGCCCUCUUGCCAGCUUCCCUGGGUUCAACUCACCUUGGACAUCUGUGAUGUUUCAAAAGGGAGGAAGGGUCAGCAGGCGUAGGUCAUCAAGCAGCCAAGACUCCCGUCUUUGCAGUUCAGGGUUCUUUUCACUCAAUCUGCCCCGGCUUGGGCUGUGGACUUUACCACAUUAUUAAUUUUCCACCUGGCCGAUUCCUUUUAGAGGAAGCUGGAGUUGGUCCUGAUGGGGGCUCCAGGACAGAGACUGUAGCUCAGGAGGGCCAGCUGGGGGCCUGGACGUAAGGGGUAGGCUGCCCGGCCUUGGGCUGGUCCCGCCUCGGUAUUCUGGGGGAGGGAGUUGAAACUGAGAAUUUGAAGAUGUCCCACACCCGGGCAGGUUCCCAAGAGGAAGGUGGGGCCCCCGUGGUGCCUGUCCCCUUGCCUCCAUGUCCCCAUCGCUGAACCGCUGUGGCACGCCAGGCAGGUGCAUCGAUCUGAGCCCUGCAGCCUAGCUCAGGGCAGCUUCGUCAUCAUUGUUGUCCAGGGACGCUGGCUCCCACCUGUGACUGUCACAUGGAUGUCUGUUCAUGUUCCCUAAACACCAGCUGUCCCUGGGUGCAGGCCCUGCAUUAGGGACAGGCCUAGAGGGUGAAGAAUCAUUGUCCCCUUCACCCUUGAGAGGAAACUAAGGCUGUGGGUGGAGACGCAGCUGCCCAAGGCAGGCACAGGGCUGGUCGCAAUCUGGGGUGCUGUCGCCCUCCACGCAGGCGCCAGUAGCUCACAGAAACCCAAGGCGGAAGGGCAGCAUCUCUUCAGUUGGGAAGUAGGACAGAGCAGUGUCUUGAUGGCAAGGGAUGACAGUGGGAGGGUGGAGGAGCACGCUGUGUUUGGUGACGUUGGGAGUCCCCCUCCAGGACUGUCACCCCAGGUGGGUGGCUGCAGCUCCUUUUCCAGCCGUGCGGAGCUGCCUCUGAGAGGAAAUGCAUGUUGUGACCCUUUUAGGAAGUUUUCUUUGGGGACAACACACUCAUUUGGGGGACCCUCCCCAUACCCGACAGGGAGGGCCACAGUGGAUGUGGUCUCCACAGUGGAUCCUGCUUGGUGACACUGGACUCUGCCCUGUAUCGUCUGGCCUGAGGGAUGGCAGCAGAGCCAGGCGGUGUGGGCCUGGCUCCGAGAGCAGAGUGCAGGCAGGGCCGGGCCGGGCCAACAUUCUGUCUUCACUUCCUACACCGUGAACCAGCACGUGGGAAGCUGCUGCCUGCGGUGUCCUCAGUGGGCUCCCGUGGACAUGUGUGUGUGUGUGUAAAGCACAAAGCGCAUGUGCACUCACUCCUGGCCACAUCGUAUCCACACACCAAUGAUCCAUUGAGUUUUUCUUUUUAAUCAACAUGAAUGAAGAAUGUCUGUUUAUAAUAGCACUGUAAAAUCCAGGUGACCUGGACAGUAUGAUAUGUAUAUAUCUACCUUAAUUAAAUUUAACAAUCACAAGAUGGGGUGACUUUAUCCCCCCUUGUAAAGACUCUUGAGGAUGUGGGAAAUUGUACAGAAAUCUUGCUGAAGCCAAAACCCAGCUUUGAGGGCCUGAUGCACUUGCUGGGGUUUCGGCAUCUGCCGUCUCCCUUUGUGAUUCUGAUGUUGAGAGGAAACUUGAGUUUGAAGGGAGAAGUUCCUCGAAUCUUAGGUUUAACAUUCACCGUCUUCAAAGUAUGGAUCCUACAGUCUUUGAAAGGAAAUCUUAACACAGUUCCUGCUUCCUCACCUCAGUUUUAAACUUUAAACUUUUAAACUUUAAAAAGGGGUGGGGAGCCAAAGAAAGCCAGCAGAGAUCUCAGAAGAAAAGUGUGUCUUGUCCCUGGAAGACACCUGCGCCCAGAGGCAGCGGUGAGUUAUGAGAUGGGGGCGAGGAAGAGAUGUUCGUGGGGAGAGGCAGAGCUACGAAUGCGGGGGACCCUUCAGCAGCCCCAGGUUCGCAUCCUCCCCGGCCUCAUCCUUCAGUCUUCUUAGGGGCCACCUUGGGGCUGGCUGAGGUUUUAUUUCUUCUCCUUGGGCUGUUCUCUGGGGGAGCCCUAGGCGGGUAGGGAAGUGGGCCAGCUGGCCUGAGGGU